GGAGGAAGGAGGCCGGACCGCCGGGAUCGCAGCCAGGAAGGAUCGACCCAUGGGGUUGCUCUCCUGCGUCGGGAGGUUGCUCUUCGGCUCCAUGUUCCUCCUCUCCGCCUACAGGGAGGGCAGAGAGUAUGGAUCUGAUGGUGGACCCGCUGCCAGGUAUCUCGAGCCCAAGUUCAACCUCUUUGCGAAGCAGGUGUCCACUAACACCGGAAUGGCUGUCCCACACAUCGAUAUCAAGACUGUCAUUGCCACUACCUUGUACCUCAAAGCCUAUGGCGGUGGACUCUUCAUACUGUACAGCUCCUUCGGAGCAUUCUUACUGCUUGUUUAUCUUGCACUCAUAACCCCUGUUAUGUAUGACUUCUACAACUACGAAAUGGGGUCGCCACAAUUUUUUCAGCUGCUUACCCAGUUUUCUCAGAACCUGGCCCUUUGCGGUGCACUGAUCUUCUUCCUGGGGAUGAAGAAGUCCAUCCCAAGGAGGCAGUCGAAGAGAAGGACUGUGAAGACCAAAACAACUUGAUGGAAGUCAGCAAAGAUUUGUAGUAUGAUUUGGAAACUAUUAAUAUUAAGGGAUUUAAGCCAUCUAGCUUGCUCAGGUCUAGUUCAUUCCUGGCAUGUGUAAACCCAGAAAAUUUAGCGACUGUUUGCUCUUUUGCACUUAUGUUUUACGAUUAGCAUGCUGGUUGAAUGGUAUGGGAAUAUGUGUUUAAUCAGGGACGGAGCUGAUAGUUUAUUAUGAGGGGUGAAGAAAAUAAUUAUCAUA